GCCACAAUGGCCCGUAAUGAAGAAAAGGCUCAGUCCAUGCUCUACCGUUUCCGCGAAGCCCAGGCGGCCGAGCUUGGGCUGGGGACGCGCGCGGACCGCAGGCCGCGGAUGGCGAGUGCUUGCAAGAGUUUGCGGGAAUGUGAGCGAUGGCGAGGAGAGAUUCUCAGGGAGAUUAGUCGGAAAGUCUCAAAGAUCCAGGACGCUGGUCUAACUGACUAUGAAGUCCGAGACCUCAAUGACGACAUUAACAAGCUGUUGAGGGAGAAGAGGCAUUGGGAGAACCAGAUCGUCGCGCUUGGAGGUGCGAACUACAGGCGAAAUGUCGCAAUGUUGGACGACGAUGGAAAGGAAGUGCCGGGGACGAAGGGAUACAAGUACUUCGGUCGAGCAAAAGAUCUUCCUGGCGUCCGCGAACUCUUCCAGAGCAAGAAGAAGGAAGAGGACGAAGAGAACCAAGUACAAGCGUACUACAAAAAGUUCAUGAACCAAGGGCCCACAUAUUUCGGCGACCUCGACGAGUCAGACGGCAAGCUGCUCGAGUUUGAGCGGCACGCAGAGGAAGAAGAGUGGGAAGACGCAUACGCGCACCUCCGGAAAGCCCUCGGCCUCCCAGAAGACGAGCCAAUACCGCCCCUGCCGCGCUCGUCAGCAACAGCAGCGCUGACGAUCACAGACUUCGCGAACGGCGAGGCACUGCCCAAGCGCAAAGCCCCCGACGGCGACGCAGACGCCGAGAUGGAGGACGAGCAAACCGCAGACGCAUCGAAACGGCCAAAGACGGACGGCACGCCACAGCCGGCCGCGAACGAACAAGAGACGAGCCCGGAGGCGGUUGCGCUGGCGCAUGCGCGCGCGACGGCGGCGUAUAUACCCUUCUUGUCCCCGGACCAACUGGUGUCGCCGAAGAUGCCAACACGGGAGGAGAUGGGUGAGUUCCUGUUGGGUUUGAGGAAGCAAGCGUUGGUAGAAGAGUAUUUUGGGGACCAGCAGGCGUAGGCAUGUUCUUCACUUUUGUGUAUUGUACGGAGAUCGAUACUUCGCUUUGCUGUACUGACAAGGCUUUCCCGUAACACAAAGUGUGUUAGCAG